CCAAGCCACGCAUUCACCAACGACUACUACCGACAGCGCUUGCCUGCCAUCGACCGCCCGCUUCCGUGAAUCAUCAUGCUGCGCCAAACGUCCAAGUACUCAUGGACCAUUCUUCGCAACACAACCCUACGCGCAUCGUCGCAGGCGGUGAUCACCACCGCAGAUUUGACCGCUUGGGGCAUGAUGCACACGACUGUCCGAGCCAAAUCGACAAUGCCAACGCAAUCCCAUCAAGCCCCUCUUGCAGUUGACACCGCUUCCAUCAUGCCUGAAAGCCUGCUUUAUCACGAUACCACAGGUCAAGGCGAGGACACCAGGUUCCCAUUUGAACCGGCAGUGUAUAUCGUCCCUGGGAGGCACAACUACGGAAAGAAAGUUUCCGAGUGGAUGUUCGCGCUCCUAGAAGAGAGCAUGGCCGAGAACGAUGGUCACUUGAACAGCGAUGACAUGACGUCGUUGAUCAUCACGUUGGCGCAGCGCAACUACUACCGCGAAGCCAUGGAGGCACUCCAGUUUUCGCGCCAGAACAACGUCAAACCUCGCAUCGCCGCGUACUCGAAGGUUAUUUCGUCUUGCUACUCACAUGAGCGCUUCGAGUUGGCGCUUCAAGUGUUCGACGUGAUGCGUCGCGAUGGUUUCAAGCCGUCCUUUGUCACGUAUUCGCGCGCGUUGUCGUCCGCCUCCAAGGCCAACCAGCACGAAAUGGUGAUGGAACUUUUCCGAGAACUCAUGGCGGACUGCCCCGACUUGACGGACGAGUGUCAGAGCAUUGCGUGUAACACGGUACUCAACUCGUGUGCGCGAAACGACGACUACGACACGGCGACGUGGCUCUUCGACGAGAUGAAGCUACGAGGGGUUCCGAUGACCCAGAGCACGUUCAACUCGUUCAUGUUGUGUGUGUCCAAGUCGGGCACCAUCGCGGACGUCAAAGAAGUCGUCGGGUUGUUGGACAAGACAGGCUCGUCGCUCAGCCCGAACGCUUACAUGUCGGCGAUCUCGUCGUGCGCCAAGUGGAAGAAGUGGGACACAGUCAUCGCGCUGUUUGAAAGGAUGCGCGCCGAGCACGACACUGUGUUCGUCGUGACGAUUGCGGCGGCCAUGAUGGGGUAUGUCAAGGAAGGCAAGCCGGAAGCUACGAUGGCGCUGUAUAAAGAGUGCGUGGCGAACCACGUCGAACUCAACACGUUCGCCAAGCAAGCUUUGGUCACGGCGCAUUUACACAUGGGCGCGUAUGAGGAAGGUCUUCGGAUCUGCGAUGCGGUAGGCUGCAUGCCAUGCGCGACUUGCAUAAGAUUGCCGAUGAAACGUGGACACAUUGUAGAUGAUGGCAGAGCAAGUGGCCGACGAAGGAUACCGUGGCCUCGUAUACAAGCUCAAGGUCCAGAUGCUCGUGGCCUUGAAGCGCAUUGACGAAGCCAUUGCACUCCUCGAAGAGACUGGAUCGAUCAUGGACCAGACUGUCAACUGCUUCCGCCCGCUCAUUGCUCACUUUGCUGACGCAAGGCAGUAAGUUGUCGUGGCACGGUGGAAAAACAAUCGGCGCACCUGACUGUGCGCGUCUAGAUACGACCUCGCGACCAAGUACAGCCAAAUGCUGUUUCAAAAGAAUCAAUACGUAUCGCCUUCGGAUUGGGUCCAAGCCCUGUCCGUGUCGAUUGGACUCCCUGACAAGACGGCGUACUGGGAGUUCCGCCGCGCCCUCGAGAUCCGAGGCCCUGAUAUACUGUCGACGAUUCCAGGGGAGCUCUUCCUUGAAAGCUCCAAGACACACAAGAAAGCGCCUGCGCCGCCGGCGCGGUCAUUGCUGACACCGGCCACCUCCCGACCAACCUUGCUGUCGCCGACCAAACAAAAGUUGAAGUUAUUGUAAGAUAAAUGGAAUAUCAAGCCGAUGGAAUGCGAGGUGCGUUACGUGCUUAAGCUGUCGAGAGACAAGUGGUGUACAACUAAGCGCGCUGGUGGAUCGCAAAACGAUACGCUGUCGCGAACGAGUUGCCCACGCCGCUUACAAAUAACGACGCGGGUUGUACGGCUUGCCUUCGAUUUGAUCGUGUUUGAUCUGCUCUUCCAUGGCGAAGUGGUACACGAGCGAAAAGGGCAGGACCGUGCCGAGGAACAACUUGCUCACGGUGGGCACGUUGAACACGAACUCACGGUCGCAGUUUUCGCGGACACCGUUCCAGACCUCAAUUUGCUUGUUCUUGUUCAACGAGCCCCCGUUGCGACGCUGUUGGCCCUUCAUCUGCACCAGCGAGAAACGGGUCGUCACAUUCACGCGGCGCGCGAGUGUCUGGCUGAGACUCAUCCUUCACGACCUCCACGAAU